AGUGUCACGUGACAACAUUCCCUGGCAAAGAUAUAGGUGUGUCUGCACCCUCCUACCAGUUACUGUACACAUACACAAGUAUGUACCUCCAGAGCUAGAGAGCUACUCUCUGCACGCCAAUAAUGAGUGCUAGAGACGCAACUAACAGUAUCCAGCAGCUUCUGGAAUCUCUAGAGAAUCUGUCACCUAUACUGCAAGGAAGAGAAAAUGACCUUCAAUUCCUCAGAGACAUGCUCAUUACCAAUGAGUUUCACUCUCUCUUGACCUUACACAAGGAAGUAAGCAGUGCUACUGUGGACCGCCCCAAAGUUAGUAGUCAAAAUGCCCUUACUUUGGCAAACAUGAUAACAUUUGACUGUGAGCUGGAGAGCAGUGAAUGCCCUGAGGCAAAGGAUCUGGUAGAUUUGCUUUCUUCUCCUCACAUUGAGGCACUAAUAACUACCCAUGACAAGAUUGCAAAUAAAGAAUAUCCUGUUCAAGCCAUCCCUACUCUGUCCAAUACCAGUAAGCAAUCCAGCAGUGCACAGACAGUGAGGAUUGUACACAUUGAAAAAGGGACAGAUCCGUUAGGAGCUACAGUAAAGUCGGAUCAGCAGGGAAAUGUUGUCAUAUCACGUGUUCUAGUGGGUGGAGCCGCAGAUAAGUGUGGCUUGCUUGCAGCUGGUGAUAUAAUACAUCAAAUCAAUGGCGAGAACAUUCAUGGCUACAGUGUUGAUGAUGUUGCCAAUCUUAUGAAAGGAUUGGUUGGAACUUUGACGUUUUUAAUAACUCCUGUUGGUGCAGAGGCUCGUGUAAAGAGAUGGGGCCAGUCUACCGUGUACAUGCGAAGUUUAUUUUCCUACGAUCCAUCAGUGGAUCGCCACCAUCCUUGUCAAGAAGCAGGACUCAAGUUCGGUCCAGGGGUUGUGCUGCAGAUAGUUAACCAAGAAGAUCCCAACUGGUGGCAGGCAGUAAGAGAAGGGGACAAUCGAACCAGAGCUGGUAUUAUCCCAAGCAAGACAUUCAAGAAAAGACUCGAAAUGUACGACAACGUGCAACAGCAGCCAAUGAGAAGGAGAUCAAAGAUCAAAGAAACUCAAUUUUCAAUGUCAAUGUCUAGCAUUGGUUCUGGUCAUGAGACUAACACUUAUGAAGAGGUGAUGAAAAUCAACCCACAAGUAGAGAGACCUAGGCCAAUAAUGCUUAUUGCUCCACGUGGACCACCUUUCGACUUAGAAGAAAUUAAAGCACGACUCAUUCAGCAGCAUCCUGAUAUGUACGGAGCCCCAGUAGCACAUACAUCCCGUGAGCAGAAUGUGAACGAGGAUAAUAGUGUUGACUUCUACUUUGUCAGUCGCAGGCAAAUGGAGCAUAACAUCCAGAACAACAAGUUUGUAGAACACGCCUUCUACGAGGGUCACUACUAUGGUACUAGCAUUGAUUCCAUUCGCAAGGUCAUUAACGAGGGAAAGACUUGUCUUUUGAUAGUGUCUCCACAGUCCAUACACUCUGUGCGCACAUCGGAGAUAAAACCAUUCCUUGCUUACCUAAAGCCUCCCACUGCUGACUUCAUGAAACAGACCUGGGUGCCACAAAAACGGAUUAAGGAGUCCUCGAUAGCAGAUGUGAUUAGACAGGCUACACACUUGGAACAGACAUAUGGCCACUACAUAGACCACACGCUUCUCUUCAGCAACUUAGACUCGGCUCAGCAAGACAUUAUGCACAUCACUAAUCGUUUAAGGAGAGACCAGCAAUGGGUACCUGCAUCUUGGGCAAACAUCUGGUAGACACUACAACCCAGCACCAGUAGACUAUUAACAUGAUGAUUUACAGUACGUGUAUGAUGAUAAUUAAUGCAUAUGACAUUAAUUGUUUUAGUAAUG